UUCGAGUCUCCGAUAUGCUCUUUCUCUCUUACACCUCUGAUUGUGCCUCCUUCUCACCUCUACGAUAUGUUUUAUUCCCCCCAUUCUUUGAUCUCUUUUGUCGGUCGCCUUCUCCACUGUUGGAUUCAGGGGUGGCCACCCCGGGUCCCAGCCCAGCCCUCCUUUGAAUCCGUAGUUAGUAUUGUCCUUAUGAAAUUUAUGAUUUUAGACAUUUGACCCAGUGUUAUUUUAUGAUUAGAUUGAGUUUAACUAGAAAAAUUAUCAAGUUGAACAUAUUCAAAUCACUACUCUAAAUUUUGCCUACAAAUUUUAGCCCCAAAGAUUAUGGGUCUAAAAAAACAAUGAAACCUCAAAUGCUAAAAAGCUUAAAACGUAAAAUACUAAAAGAAAUAUGAGGUUUGUUCCCUUAAAAAUUUACUAGAGCAGCUGGUGUGCAUGGAUGGACACACAGUCACACAAUGCAAAUUGAUUAGUCGAUUGAUUUAUCUAGUGUUGAUGUUGCUCGUUUCAACAGCUACUACGAAGAGAACCUUUUCAAUAAUGAAACAUGUGAGAACUGAUUUGCUCAACAAAAUGAGCGAUGAAUUUCUCGCCGAUUGCUAAAGUAUUUUAUUUGAAAUAGUGUAUACUAUUGGUAUGGAUGUAGACUCCAUUAUUGAAACAUUUCCUAAAUUAAAAUACAGUCGUGUACAAUUUAUAAUUCAAGAAACGAUAAUCAUUAUAUUUUUUUUACGGUUCUAAUUUUAUAAUGAAAUGCGGCAUAGUACUCUUCUGUGUUCUGGAUCCGUCGCUGGCCUUCUCUCUUUUCCUCAUAUGAUUUGGUUUCUGUUCCUUCCUACCCUCCUCCAAUCUCCUUCUUUCAUCGGUCUAUUUUCCCCUCGGGAGAAAUAACGAAGUCCAUGCUGUGAAUUUUGAGGAAGAAGAACUUCAUUACUCCACAAAUCUUUCAACCCCCCCCCCCCCCCCCCCCCCCCCAGUCGUCUUCCUCUCCAUUGUCUGCUCUUUCUCUCUUUCCCAUCCGCCAACAAAUUUGGUAUGUGGGAACAGUGGCGUAGCCAUACUUUGAAUGGACUGGUGUACUUAAAAUUUUGAGUUGAAUGGGGUCCUUAAGUGAGGUAAUAUCGACCAAAGUAUGGGUCCUUCUCCAAAAAAUCAUACUUAAACGCAUAUAUUCAAAGGGUUUUAGUACCAAACUUUUUGCUAAGUGGGGUCUCUCCUCAAUGGCUCCCUCCGCCACUGUGUGGGGAAGGAGAAGAGAAGGGUAAGCAGAAAUACCUUUUCCUCUUCGAAACGGGAAUUGGGUAAGAAGAAGCCGAUGUAGCGAAUUUUCUCGAUUUCUUGUAACAACAAAACGAUGUCAUACUAGAGUUGGCCUGUUACUCGGUCAGCUGGUCGUACUGCUUAGGUUUCAACUUUCAACCCCUCCUCCUAGAAGAACAACACUAAGUCUCAAUUUCCCUUUUCUACCACAUCGGCGGUUUUCUAAAACGUGGAUGAGGCAACUAGGUACAACUAACCAUUGGACUCCCAACAUUCAAACUCGCCUUAAACUAAUGAGUAAGGAAAACAAAGCGAGCGGUGGGAGCCGCUCGCCGCGCAAUUGACAUAGUAUAAUGCGCAAGUAAUUUUUGGAGGGGUUAUAGGCUGGCCGAGUGCUGACGCUGCUUACUUUGCAGAACUCGCUCGCGCGGGCCUCCCUUUUGGAACCCAUCCCCCCAAUUCCCUAGUUCCAAACUUCUUCCCUCUCAUUGUGGCAUUUUAUCGAACAGGUCGCGACCGUCAAAUUGGCGCCCCGAUUCUCAGCUUUCACAGCUCGCUCGCUCGCUCAAAUUGUGCUCAUUUUCGGGGAAGUUUUGUCGUCGCCAAUAAUCUAUAACGGGUCGUCUCUGGUCUUCGAUUUAUCGUUUCUUGGUACGUCACCAGCAAACAAAAGGGGAUUAUGGUGGAUUGGUGGUGGGUCACUGGAAAAGCUUUGGCGUACGCACGCGAUGGUGAAUGCAGACAGAGGACCCGGAUCGAGCACCAAAACCAAAAUGGCAAGGUGGAGUCUUUGCUCCGUCUUCAUUUUGAUUCUGGGCGCGCGCACAUGGCAGUCCGCAGCCAAUGGGGUUCCAACACAUCAUCAUCCUCAAUCUUAUCAAAAUACCGAGUUCCACAAUGGGUAAAGGUGAGAGCGCGCUCUCUCUCUCUCUCUCUGUAGUCUAUAUUAUAUGCGGUUGCAGAAGCAGUCGAUAUCAGGAAAUUUGUAAGUAUUGGCACUAGGGGAAGAACCAAAAAGAGCUGAACGAUGUUAUGAUUAUGCUCUCUGCUGUCCUAUUGGACCACCACGCUAUAUACCAUAGUCUCCGAUAAACUCCAUUAUUUGAUGCUUCUGCAAUUCUGCUAUGAAUUUUGGCCUUUCUGCUGUCUCUUGCCAUCAGCUUGCAAUUUUUGUUUGCUGCCUACUAGAGAAUAGUUUCUUUUCGUUGUCCUUAACAAAUUCAAUAUUUUCAAGUGGGAUCAUGAUAAGCCUUUGUUGGCUUCACCAACAUUUUGGACACUAGCUUUUUGUGUUUUUGAUGAUAUUUCAUUAUUUCUGGCGUUUGAUAUUUAGUUGACAGUUAGAAUUAUAAAAAAUUAGUGGAUAUAAGACUGUAGAUUUAUGGAUGGUUUUCGUUAGAAGUUGCAUAACCCAUGUCCGGAGUCUGCAAUUUUUGUUAAAAGUUGACAGAAGUUGUCUAUUUUGUUCGAAGAGGUUCGUUGCUCAUUUGAAUGAGGUGUUUGGAUAUCUGGGCGGUGAUGCUUUCUUGGUCUGGUUUCGUGUUAUUCCAUUGAAGGCCUGUAAGUUACAAGCCUAUGUAUGAUUUUAACUCACUUACCGGCGGGAAUAUAUUGAUGCAACUGGAGUGGACACGAAGAGCUAAACCUGAAACAGAUAAACCAGUCAGUCAGUCAGGCAGUUUUCAUAAAUUUUACACAGCUUCUCAUGUUGCUCGUAGUAAAUAUUCUUUGCUAUUUAAAUUUCUGGUUAUACACUCUACACUAUGCCAUUAAGCAGAAAUAUCAGCAGACAUCUUAAGUGGAAUGCAUCUUCAGUUUGCCUGUGACCUGAUAAAGGGCCAGCGACUCCAAAGGCAUUAUGACAAACUAGAAAUCUGGGGCAAGGACUUUGACAAGUCAAAUUAGCAUUUUGAAGGGGCAUAAGUCCCUAGUCAAGAAAGAGAAGUGUGCUAGUUGCAUUCAUUUGUAAGAUAUGCAAGGGGGGUAAAGAAAAGGAGACACUAGGUUAGCGGUUCAAACUUCAAACUGCAAUCUUGGCGGCUAGGCUUUUGGCAACCAAUCUCUGUUCGUCACGUGGACUUAGUGCCAUCAUGGCAGUUUUUGUUGGAUUUCGAGGUUGUGAAAAAUCUUCUAGCACUUGAUAGCAUUAUAGCUUAUUGGAGGUUUCUUCCUUCUGUUUUCUGUAGAAAGCACAGAAAAUGAGAAUAUCUUGGCAAGCUUUCCACUUCAGCUAUUGAUAGGUAAACGAGAUGGAGAUGGUUAUAUGAUGUAUAUACAUUUGUGAGGAAGGAAUAUCUGUGUACCGUGGCCAGAUUAAUGACUGGAUGGAGUCACUUCACUUGAAAAACUGUAGAGGAACUGUGCUACAGAGCUGGCUAUUUGUAGAAAGAAGUUUGGUUGCAAUCAACAACUUUCAUUGGGAAUUUUUUUUAUCAUCAAUGGUCUUGGCUGCAUGUCCCACAAGACACAAACCAGUGGAAAAUAUGCAAAGAAGAGAAGGGCAAGUUAGCUUCACACUGUUGUGUGCUGGUAGCCUAGAAUAGAGAUGAAAUGAGAGAUCACUUCAAACAAAAAAACACUAUUGGAGGAUUCCAUAUCAUAUGUUGGGAGCUUUUGUCUGUUUUUUCCUCACAAAUUCUAGACUGGGACCUGGAGAAGGUCCCAGCAAUCACGUGGAGGGGGUGCUGGUAGGUUUUGCCUAAGUGGCAAGCUCCUUGCUGUCAUUUACAGAAUCUCCUCUAAUCCUUUCUCAGCCAAUUGUUGCACAUAGCCCACGUGGGACUCUACUAAUACAUUGUUUCCCCACCUCUUUUGGCUACUUUGGGUCGUAUUUCUAUCUUCCCCAUAUCAACUUGAAUCUUGUGCUGCAGUUCUCUUUUCUUCUUGGGGACUGCUGCACCAUGUUGCUGUGUAUAUAUAUGUUGCACUGGCUUGUUGUAGUCCUUGUGUUAGUGGGUUCAGAUCCCAGUAGUAGUUAGUUAAGAAGUGGGACUUGCUUCUUAAGGGAAGACCAUUUGUUCAUUCAUGGAGGGGGACUCUUCUGCUUCAUACAUACACAUGGUUGGUUAUUUAGAGAUAUUACUGAAACUGUCCUCCAAUCAUUUUCUUCUGAUAAGUUUUCUGUUUUUUGUUUUUUGUUUUCCUUCCCACUUUGUGCUGAUGGUAUUCACUGAUGGUUUGGCAUUUGGCAAACGUAUCUACAGGUGCAGCAUCUAAUAGAGAAAUGCUUGAUCUUCCAUAUGAGUAAAGAAGAGUGCAUGGAAGCUCUCUCCAAGCAUGCAAACAUCGAACCAGUCAUCACCUCCACAGGUUUUUCUCUCCUCCCUCUCCACUUUUUUUACUUUGAUACUGUUUCGUGCAAGUCCUCACUAGCUUAAACAUAGCUUGAUAUUUCAUAAACCUGGUAAAGAUGAAGAAAACACGUAGCAAGUUUCUCCAUAUUGCAUACCAGCAAAGCGGAUCCGGGUCUUAACCAUCAAAGUUCAAGCUUUCUUAUGAUCCAUAAACCUGCUUUGCUUGGAACUAAUUUAUGAUCAAACAGUACUCUUUGAGAAAACCCAAUGUUGCUUGCUUUUUUAGUUUCAGGAUCAUCAUGGCGUCCAAUUUCUGAAACAUGCUUGACCCUUUAGCGCCUUUCUCUUUAUUGUUGAUCCAAGAUUAUCAUAGGGCAUGAGUGGGCUGAAGUUAGUUUCAUGGCCUUUUCAGGUCCAACAUGUCAUUCCUAGAUCAUUUCUAUGAUCCAUGCAUUAGAGAUAGAAGACCAAUUCUUUGUGAUCACAAAGAUGAGAUCCCAAGUUCAUCAAUAAGAUGGUAACGCGUUGUCUGUGUUCAUCUGUGUGUGAUGGCAGUGUGGAAUGAACUGGAGAAAGAGAACAAAGGAUUCUUCGAAGCCUAUGCUGAAUCCAAGAGCAAAGACGAAAGGAUGACCGAGGAAGAAACGAGCGCCAUGAUCAAGAAGAUGAUCACUGAAUCCUCCAAAGAAGACUCCAAAGACUGAUCAUGAAAGCCUUAGCAGGUUUACAAUUUCUCUCCCUUUUCAGCAAUAUUUUGAUUAUUUUCACAGGAGGAGAAAGGAACAUCUCAAACUCUGCUUAUUCCUACAUGUGUCCCUUGGCUUCCUAGUGGUCCAUUGCCCUUUUCUGUCCUCAUGUAUGGAAGUAGCUAUGCAGUAUACGUAAGAGGACAAGUCUAUUUAUCUGCUGCAUGUUCAUGUCAGUCUUCCUGCUGUAUUCAUCCCAUCAUCGUACGAUCACGUGAAUCUUGAGCACAAAAAACUAUCAAACCUCUUGCUUACCUGCAGAGAGAAUCAACUUAAGAGGGAUGAUCAGCUCUCCACUGAUGAUAAAUUGGGUGGUUGUUUUCUUUGUUUGUCUCAACUAUGUGAAGCUGAUCAGCUCUCUAUUUCUCUCAUUAAAAUGAAGUAAAGAACAUGCUUCAUGGGGACAGUCAAGUAGAAUCUCGAGGAAGAAAAAGGGUGAAGAACCCACAAAGACGAAAACAAAAUGAAAAGCUUGGAUGGCUGGCUGGCUGGUCACGAUCAACUACUUUUUGUGUGGGUGAAAAUGGAGAUAUGAUGCCUAGCUAGGAGGAGAAAUGAGAUUGGUGAUAUUCUAUUAUCUUCAUAAACUGAAGUCCUUUGGCUGUAUGCUGUACUAUUUCCCUACCCCUGCUUCGUUGGACGCUUGCAUGUACAGGAACAGAGCUGUCUAUCGACGUUAUCAUGAUCAUGGACCUACUGCUUGUGUGAAUAAAAGCACUAUAUAUCCACGUUUCAUUUUACUUCUAGCUGAAAGUUCGUUCAUCCAAUAAUUGAGCACUUGAGGUAGCAGCAAAAAUACCUCUUAAGCGGUCGUUUAAUGGUCGUUUGGAUGAUGGAGUUAGAUCGUUUGGCGACACAGAAUAGAGAUGCAUCAAUUGGGUGGUCGAUGCAAUAUAAAUUACUUUUGUUUGAUUUGAAUUGAUAGGAGGAGGGGGCAAGUAUAUUGAAAUGAUCCAUCAAUUGUGGAAUGAGGUAAUUUUAAAGCAAUUGGGUCAAAUUACCUAUUUUCUAAAUCAAUCAUUGAAAUGGCCCCUAAAUGUCAAAUGAUCUAAAAUCGUAUUCAAAAUUUUGAACUCACUUUGGGAUGAAAGAAGUCUAAAGUGAGUUUAUUUGAAACGAGUAAUUUGUAUAAAUGAGUUUAUUUGAA